UAUGCAAGGACAUAAUAUUAAGAGGAUGGUAAUAAUUUGUUUUUUGAUUUGUUUCUGUCUUAUAGAUCUUCCUCGAAACCAAUUUUUCCAGGCAUCUAUGCUACCAGAAAAAGAGAGUUAAAAGAAUAGCAAUUGUAAAUUACAUAUAGGAAACCUUCCUCUAUAAAUAACUGAAGAGACAUUGCAUCGAGUAUUCUCAAAAUAUGGGUAGAUAAAGGAAGUGAAGAUAAUUCGAAAAAAUAGUCAAGGGGUUUAGUUUAUUAUUUAAAUUAUAAUAAGUAACCUUUGAAAGAUUAUUGCUAUGGCUUUGUUCUUAUGUGUGAUGGUGAUGGUGCUUAAAAUGCAGUUACAGAAUUGAAAUAAAAUAGUCCUUUGGGUACAAAUUGGACAGUUGCAUUUAGUAAAGACAAAAAUGAUGUAUGUUUGUAUAUAGUAAUAUAAAUGAAGGAAAUUGUAGGGAAUGGUCAUUAGAAAUCUGAGAAGAUAAGAUAGAAUGAUAAAUCAAAGGAGAGAUUCAAGAAAGAUAAGACUAAGAUAAAAAAGAAGGUUGUAAUUUUAAUUCAUAAACGACUAAGAAAUCGGAAUCAUCUUCAUCAUCUGAUUCAUCUAUAGAAAAAUCAGAUAAAAAACAAAAAAAAUAAAAAAAGAAGAAGUAAUCAAGUUCGUCUGAAUCAUCUUCAUCCAAAUUGCCAACGAGAAGUGCCCUUGUAAAAAUAGAAAGUAAGCCAAUUGAUAAUAAUCUUUUCGAUAUGGUAUUUUCAGGUGAGUCUUAACGUCAUCCUUUGUAUUAAUAAGUAUUAAUAUAAUCUUUAAAUAGCCAUAAUCAUAAUAUUAAAUAAAACAUAUUGUAAAUGUAAGAGAGUUGUUUAUAUCUGGUAUUCCUUAAUCUAAAACUUAAUCUGAUAUCUAAAGAAUAUUUUCUCAUUAUGGAAUAGUAGAAAGAAUAGAUAUAAUACCAAAAUAAUUAGCAAAUUUUGCAUAUGUAAAAUUUAAGAAAUUAGAUGCUGUAAAUUAGGCAAUCCAAAAUUAAUAAUAUAUAAUUGAAUAACUUGAUGGUAUAGGAUAAGUGAAAAUAUAUUAAUCAGAUCCAUUUAAAAGAGCAUAAAUAGUAGGAAAUGCAGAAGAUAGUGAGAAAGUAAAUAUAAUAAUUAAAAACUCAGGAUGAAGAUAUGCUUCCUGUAAUGUUUAUAGGAUUCCCUCCAAACUAAAGUUUUACUAUUGAUGAGAAGUUCAUCAAAAAAAUGGCUUAAAAAUAUGGAGGAGAUGUAAAAGGAGUUUAACUCUUCCAUCCUUAAUCUCCAUAAUUAAGAUCUUAUAUUCUUAUUGAAUUUUCCUAACUAAGAGAUUGUAAAAAAGCCAGAAGGAAGUUUUGUAGAUAUAAGAUACAAAUUCUUGGAGAUAAGAAAUGUGAUGUAGCAAUUUUAUCAAAUUAUUCCAAUAAUCUCCAAAAUAAGAAAUAAGCAACUUAGUAUAUACCAUAUACAAUGGGUAUUAAACACUAUUUAUAAUAGAUUAUAUGGCAACCAAUCAAUAAAUGCCUAUGCAUAUGAUGCCCAGACCAUUUUAGACAUAAAUGACUAUGAUAUAACCUUAUCCAAAUUAACCUUUGUCUUAAUAAUAAUUCCAAUCAUCUCAUUAUGGUGAUUAUAAUUAAAUACCUAUAAUGUAUCCUCAAUAACAAUAAAAUCAAUAAUAAAUGAUUUAUAUCAAAAAUUAGUCUUAAAUAUCUUUGUCUAAUUAAUAAUAAACUCAACCAUAAUUUCGACCUCAUUAAUAAUAACCAAUCAAUCCUUAUUAUUAAUAAUUAACUACCUAGACAUAAAAUCAAAAUUAUACAUAACAGUAAUUCAUGGAUAUGAUUAUGCCUCCACCUUAACCAAUGAAAUCUGAAGAUUCAAAUCCUACUUUUUGGAGUGGAUAUAUGAAUAGAGGUAAAUAACAUAGAGUUGGUAUUGAUGCUCGAAUGUAUAGUGCUGUUAUAGAUAGAAAUAAAAGUAAAUUUGCAAAUAAUUUAGUCAAUUUACCUUGUAAUUUAGAAAUGAGUUAUCUAUGUUCUUAUUAAGAUGCAUAUUAAAGAGCUAUUUAAGAUUAGUCUGCUGUCUUUAUAUUUAGUCCAGCUUAAGAAUCAGAUUACCCCAAAUUCACAGAAUAUAUAUAAUAUUUGAGAAACAAAGUAAAAAAAAAUUAAUUAUAUUCCAAAUAGCAAAGAGCUGGAGUUAUUCAAACUGAAGUCUUUUUUAUUUAUGUGAUACCGCCUGGAGUACUAGAAGCACAAUAAAUUUGCAAUAUAAACUAAUAAGAAAUGAUUGCCAUUUAUUGUAAUAAAGAUAUAAAGAUUUGA